AUGAAAUGCAGUUGCAAAAAGUUUGAGUUCUUUGAACUUCCUUGCAGCCAUAUGAUUUCUGUGAUGAAAUGUGAACACAUGACUGAAAUUCCCCCAGGUUGUGUGAUGCAUCGUUGGACAAAGCAAGCAAGAAAGGUUGGUGAACAACAUUGCCAAGCCCAAUUCUCUAGCACUCUCACACAGGAGACACGCUUUGGGGUUCUUUGCUCCUUUUUUACUGAAAUGUGUUACUAUGCCUCACAAACAUCUGAAGGAUUUGAAGAGGCUAGGAAUGCAUUUUUCACUAUGACAUGUCGGAUGAAGCAGCUUUGCAUGGCCAAGGGAACUAAUGUUGAUGAAGGAAAAAGUUCACUACCGCCAUUUGGGGUUGGGGAUCCGAAAGUAGUGAACACGAAGGGGAAUACUGCGGGAUCCUACAUGGCUAAACCUCGAAAGCCAAGGCGAUGCCAAUGUUGCAGGGUCGUCGGCCACACGAGGAGAACUUGCCCCCAAAACGAUCAUAAAACGGGACAAGUGGGUAGAAAUUUGUUUGAGGAAUACGAUGAUUAUGAUCCAAUUGGUACUCCCACCCCUUUUACACCGAAGCGUCCCAGGAAUAAUAUGAGGCCAUGUAAGACCCACCCUGUGAAGCGACGACUUUUUGUCACUAAAGUGGAUACGUCUCCAGUGCAGUUGAGCAAGGAUGUUAAUGACUUGCGUAGUUGA